AUGACACCAAUUCUACUAGCAUCACUGAUAAUCCUUCCUCUUCUACUCAUCCUCCUCUGCCGAAAAAGUCGAAAAACUCAUGGCCCGCCUGGCCCUCCCGGGCUCCCUUUCAUCGGGAACCUCCACCAGUUCGACACUCACAACCCUCACGUCUACCUAUGGCGCCUGUCGUGCAAAUACGGGCCCCUCAUGUCCAUGAAAUUCGGAUCAAUCCCCGUGCUCAUUGUCUCCUCCCCAAAAAUGGCGAAAGAAGUGUUGAAAACUAACGACCUGACCUUCAGCAGCCGGCCCAAGCUCACCGGGCAGGCGAAGCUUUCCUAUGACCGUUUGGAUAUAGCUUUCGCGCCCUACACCGAGUCUUGGAGGGAAUUAAGAAAAAUCUGCGUCGUCCAUCUAUUGAGCAACAAGCAUGUCCAGUCGUUUAGGCCCGUUCGGGAAGAGGAAGUUUCUCGCAUGAUCGAGUAUUUGUCGGGAAAGGCAGGUUCGGGCCAAGCUAUCGACUUGAGCGAGACCCUCCUUACCCUGACGAGCACGUUGAUAUGUAAGGUCGCGUUUGGGAAGAUGGAAGGGUUUGAGAGAAGGAAGUUUGACGAGCUCAUGAUUGAGGCGCAGGUCAUGCAGACUGGGUUUAGCUUCUUGUCGGAUUAUCUGCCUUGGUUCGGUUGGGUGGAUAGGAUGAGGGGUUUGGUGGGUAGGCUCGAUAAGGUUUGCAAGGAUUUUGACGAGUUCUAUGAGGAGAUAAUCAGGGAGCGAUUGGGUUCGGGUAGGGGCGGAUUGGAGAAGGAUCCGAAUAUUCUCGAUCUUUUGAUCCGGCUGAAAGAGGAAGGGUCGUGCUCGAUUGAUUUGACGUGGAAUCAUGUGAAAGCCAUACUCAUGAACAUAUUUGUAGCAGGCUCAGAGCCCAGUGUAGCCACAAUAGUCUGGACCAUGACGGCCCUCUUAAAAAACCCAGCAAUAAUGACUAAGUUACAAAAACACAUUAGAGAAAUUGUUGGAGAUAAAGGCAAAGUAAAUGAAGAUGACUUGCCAAACCUGCACUUUCUAAAAGCAGUAAUCAAGGAGUCUUUAAGAUUAUACCCACCAACUCCACUUCUAAUUCCUAGAGAAACACUUGACAAGUGCACCAUAAAUGGCUACUCUAUUCCACCCAGGACAUUAGUCUACAUAAACGCAUGGGCAAUUGCUAGGGACCCCGAGUAUUGGGAGAACCCAGACGAGUUUCGGCCCGAGAGGUUCUUGGACACAAAUAUCGACAUUGUGGGGCAAAAUUUUGAGGUGAUACCAUUUGGGUCGGGCCGGAGGGGUUGUCCCGGGAUGGCUAUGGGGCUCGUGACAGUCGAGAUUUUGCUAGCCAAUCUUCUUUACUCAUUCGACUGGGAACUACCAUCAGGGAUGAAGAAAGAGGAUGUUGAUACAGAGGUUUUGCCUGGGAUUACUAUGCACAAGAAGAACCCACUUUGUCUUGUGCCUAGACAAGUAUAG